AUGCCACAGAAUGAGCUUGAAUAUGGAGGAGAUGAGCCACCGAUGUCCCCUAGGCUGCCGCUGCAACACCCACAUUCCCAGGCUCCAACGCAGUCGAACAAUUUAGGUGCCCCUGUUCUGUCCAAUCCAUUGUCAUCUGUAAAUGUUGGGCAGGGAGUUCGGCCUGGUGAUAACCAAGUUAAGAACUCUGUUUUCUCGAAUGCCCUCUCAAGCCCAGUUUGCCGGAGCCUUCAGCCCUACCACUUGGCGCAGGGCAGCUACAAUUCAAACAUCAUUUUAUCUUCAGUAAACGGACAUCGGAAUAACGAGAGCAACUAUUGUCACCAACAAAAUAGGGAAGCCAAUUCCCCCAGCUCUAAUGACUGUAUGGACAUGCAUGCCGAUGAUUAG